AUGCCUAUUGAAGCAGCUCACCUCUACUAUUCUCCGAUAUGGCCUUUUGGGAAGGUGUUAUGUCGACUAUGGAACACUUUCUUUGCUACAUUCGCUUCACUUUCCGUGUGUACCUUAUGUGCCAUCAGCGCUGAAAGACUGUGGGCACUUCUAAGACCAUUUCGCUACGACAGCUCAGAGAUUUCGGUCAAAACUCUUAUCAUUCUCGUUUCUUUGUGGAUCUACGCAUUCCUGAGUGGAGUUUAUAGCUUCUUUAUCUGGGACGUAGACGAAGAAGGCUUCUGCUUUAGCGAUCUUUCGGCGCCAUUUGACAAAGCAGCUCCAAUAUUGAUCAUCAAUGUUUUACUCCCAUAUGCUACCUGCCUUGUCGCGUAUGGCAAAAUAUUCAAGAUCUCUCACAAGCAAGAAAAAAAUAUAUGUCUUACCACGGUGAAUUGCAGUAAUAAGAUAAACAGCAAAAGAAAGCGUAUCGUUUCUCACUUGUUGGUGAGGAAAAGCACCGUCACGUUGGGGUUACUAUUAGGAUCGUUCACCCUCUGUUGCAUGCCCUUUCUCGUGUUUCAUAUCAUCGAUGCAGCAGUCGAACACCUUCCGAAUCGACUUUAUGUAUCGAGUAUCACCAAAUGGUUGUUCUUCGUCUGUAGUUCGAGUAACUGGGCGUUGUAUGGUCUACUGAACAAGGAUUAUAGGAAGACCAUGAUGGAGAUAGUUGGGAAUAUGAUGUUCUUUAGGAAGAAUAGAGUUGCGUUUGUUCAAAAUCAGGAACUGACCAUAAGAGUAACAAUAUCUAAUAAAUGA